GCAAACCUGCAUAUUCACUAUGUUUAACCCUUACAAUAAACGGUUAUUCACUAACUAAAGAAUAGUCUUUAAAACCAAAUAUUCUCCCAAGUAAGAAAUGAGUGACCAAAUUUGCACCUAUGAGCAGGCGUUGUGCCAGUGUGGUGAAGAAAUUGAGAGAAUUCAUUCAUGGCACCUGGAUUUAUCAGUGGCUUUCAUCAGGGCUCGGGACUGAUGCUUGCCACAUUUCUACUUCUCUUUUCUCUGUCUUUUUCUAUAGUUAUAAAUGGAUUAGAAGGGCAGAAAAGUUUUCAAGAUCUUGAUUUGGAACAGCUCAGGAUUCUGAACAAGCCCUUUCUCAAGAGCAUUAAGACUGAUGAAUGUUGUGUCAACAUCGAUAAACAACCAGCAUUUGAUCAUCCUUUGCUCAAAAACCAUCAAAUCCAGAUGGAGCCUAGUUCUCCAAAGGGGUUGAAAAGUGCAAAGUCAUUGCCAGCCAAAUCACUGAAUAUUGAAAUAUUGAAGAAUGGAGGCUGCCCAUCAGGUACGGUCCCAAUCAAGAGGACCAGCAAGGAAGACUUAAUAAGGGCUAAAUUGUUUCUGAAAAGUACUCAACCAACUGCUGCUGCCUCUCCUUGUUAUCAUGUAAUUAAUUCUUUUGUGGUCAUUUUUAAAUUUUUUUUAAUUGCAAAGAUCAACAAACAAAAUCCAUCUGUUUCCAAUACCCAAUUCAGUGAAGCAUUUGUGCGGGUUCGAAGUGGAUCACAAAAUCAAAUUGAUAAUAUUCAAGUUGGAUGGAUGGCAGGAAAGAAAGGUUGCUAUAAUAUGCUUUGCACUGGUUCUGUGCAAGUUAACAAGGCUAUCCCUCUUGGUUUUAUUCUUCACAAUAUUUCUGUCUAUGGAGGGCAGAAAUUUGAUUUCGGAUAUUUUAUAUCUCAGAACAUUGGAUACUGGCCAAAGUCCUUGUUUUCAAGUUUAUCAAACGCUGCUACGCAGCUUACAUGGGGAGGAGGCGUUUUUAGUAGUAAUAAUGCAGGUAAUCCUCCCAUGGGAAGCGGCCAUUUUGCUGAAGAAGGAAUGAAAAAGCAGCUUAUAUCCGAGAGAUUCUUGCUGAAGAAUCUGGUCAUGGAGGAUCUCUUGACCCAGGGCGUCUCCAAGACGUCGCAGAUGAUCCCAAGUGUUACAGCAUUGGUCCUAUUCCAGGAGAGUAUCAUGGCCUUCUUUAUGGGGGUCCAGGAGAUGAGCAUCUCUAGCCUCUGUUGGGCUCAUCUCUGGGGCGAAGAAAUAGAGAGUAACAUCUUGGCAUUUAGAGUGUUCAGUGGCCUUCAUCAAGACCCAGAUGAAACAAGUUCCUCCCUAGAGGGAUUAAUGAGUGCAAAUUCACCAUCCAAGUCAUUGGAAAUUCCAAUGUUGAAGAAUGGAGGGUGUCCAUCUGGGACAGUUCCAAUCAGAAGGGCCAACAAAGAAGAACUGAUAAGGACUAAACUGUUUAAGAAAAGGCACAUGAAAGACAUUCAUCCGACAGCUUCUAAUUCUCCUGGUUUCCAUGUAAAUCCAUCGUUAAAUGGCGAUUAUCUCACUCGACUUUGUGCUCAAUGGACUCUGGCCAAUAAACAAGGUUGUCACGAUACACUUUGCCCUGGUUUUGUGCAAGUUAGCAAGGAUAUCCCUCUUGGUUCAUUUUUCUUGCCUUCUGUCUAUGGAGGAAAGCAAAAUGAUUUUGCUUGUAAUAUUUUCAAGGAUCCAAAAUCAGGGAAUUGGUGGCUUUCAUUUGGUGACGAUGAUCAAAUUGGGUACUGGCCAUCAUCCUUAUUUAGCAGUUUAUCAAGCUCAGCGACAGAGAUUGCAUGGGGAGGUGCAGUUUUCACCACUAACAAUGAAGCUAGCCCUCCCAUGGUAGUGGUCAGUGUGCCGAACAAGGCAUGACUAAGGCAGCCUACAUAAAAGAGCUUCAAAUUGCAGAUGAAUCCUGCAAAAGAGGGCCUCCUGAUCCAAAAUCACUUGAGUUUAUCACAGAUAAACCCAGUUGUUAUGACACAGCUCCCAUUAAUGGAGAUGCUAAUGGCUUCUUUUACGGGGGUCCUGGUGGAAAUUGUUAACAUAAACUCAAUGCAUAUUUAAGGAUAUGUAUAUCUCAGCACACAAGAAAAUUUCCCCAGGUGUCUGUCUCCCACCACUACUGAUUUACAUUUGACUACUAGUUUCAAAGAUUCCUGAAGGGGGGUCAAAGAAAUUCGAUAACCUUUCGGAAAGAAACCGGUGGAAUGGAAGGGCUGAAUUCACGUUGGAUGGCUUUGACAUAAGAGUAAAAAAGAUGUUGGAAUUUUGUAAAUAAAUCCAUAAAAUCGUCCCCUACUUGGUAGAUACUGUUGCCAGCGUCCACACUGCUGGACAACAUGUGGUAUAUAAAUUAAUGCUAAACACCGACGGUGGACUAAAUACCAUGUAAAAGCACCUUAUAUGCAGAGAAUAUUAUAAAGGUGGA